GGAUUUGGAGGAAAGAAUCGGGCGCCCUCCACACAGCCCUCACCUGACUCGAUUAUGAACGGCCCUGACGGUGUUCAACAGAUCAAAUUUAACGCCGCAAGUGGGCCAUUCCCAGAUAAACUUUAUCCCCUUUGGACACCUGGCAUUAAGGCUGAUAUGUUUGUUUACCUCUCAGAAGAACCCAAUUUUUCAGACUUCAACAACAAGGAUAGCCUUGUCUGGCGAUCGAAUGAUAUUGAGCUUGGUGAUUGGAGCGAAGACCGUGUUGUGGACCUUUCGAUCAUUCCAUCCAAGCAUGUUCAAAACAAUGGGACAUUGUUCGCACACAUUUACUUCGCAAAGCAACCUGCUAUUUUGGAUCCUACUGCUCCUGGUUUUAGUGUUGACAACCGUGUAUAUACUCGUAAAAUGUUGACUCGAUAUUUCACCAAGAAAAAGGAGCUUAAGGUCAAGAAAUUAAUUGGUGGCAAUAACCAAGAGACUGAGCCUGAGAAAUCUGCAGUUGAGGAAGAGACACCUGCUUCUGGUACAGCGAUUGUAUCGUACUGGCAUCAGAACCUCACUCUCACUGUCCUAUCGGAUCGCUCCGUAAUUCCUUACUCGGCUGUCCCACCAGAGCUGAGAGAUAUAUACCAGUUGGAAAGCACAGGAUUGCGCGAUCAACAUGGAAAUGGCUUUGUUCUUCCUGCUCUCUGGGUUAAUGACUUUUGGCUUUUGAAAGAACAAAUGUUUCCCAUCAACGAGACCGUCAAGGAGUUGCCUCUUAGAAUCAACUUUUAUCCUAUUAGCUACAUGAAACUUCAGAUGUAUGCUUCCAUGGAUGUCGGCAUGAAGAGGCAGUCAGGAAUGAUGGGCAGUACUGGUUCAGAGUUGGAUGAAUUUAAGCGCAUGUUGAUCGAGACCAACCCAUGGUUGCUGCUCUUGACUGUUGUCGUUAGUGUUCUUCACAGUGCUUUCGAGAUGCUCGCUUUCAAGAAUGAUAUUGCAUUCUGGAAAGACAAGAAGGGCACAGCUGGUCUGUCUGUUCGCGCCAUUUUCUUGGAUAUUGCUCAGCAGAUUAUUGUCUUUGCAUACCUCAUGGAUAAUAAUCAGGACACUAGCUACAUGAUCUUAAUCGGACAGGGUGUUGGAUUGGCGAUUGAGCUUUGGAAGGUCAAAAAAGCACUCAAAGUCGACAUCGUGCCUGCCACUACUGGUAUCCUUCCGUAUCGUCUUCAUUUCAACACUUCGGAGCCUCUUACAGAUCUGGAGUCGAAGACCAAAGAGUAUGAUCAAGAAGCCUUCAAAUAUUUGUCCUGGGCUGCCUUCCCAUUGUUAGCUUGCUAUGCAAUCUAUUCACUGUUGUAUCAGGAGCACAAAUCAUGGUACUCGUUUGUCGUCUCGACACUUGUUGGUUUUGUGUAUACGUUUGGAUUUAUUAAGAUGACACCCCAGUUGUUCAUCAACUACAAACUCAAGAGUGUGGCCCACAUGCCUUUCAGAACCAUGAUGUAUAAAUCGCUAAACACCUUUAUUGAUGAUUUAUUUUCAUUUAUCAUCAAGAUGCCAAUGAUGCAUCGAUUGGCAUGUCUGAGAGAUGAUGUGGUAUUCUUUGUGUACCUGUAUCAGAGAUGGAUUUACAGAACAGACCACAGUCGUGCCAAUGAGUUUGGUCAAGUGGGAGAGGAGGAGACUCCGAAGGAAGCAACAGAAAUCGAAGCGAAAGAGGAAUCCAAGAAAGACAAGUAGUUUAUUACUCAGGCGACUGAUAAUCACUAAAUAAAAAUAUAAACAAAUGCUAAUAAGCACGAUCUUUGCGAUAGACUUGAGUCCACUUGCUGACAAUGUAGUCUCCAAAGUUAAUAUCACCAUUCAAUAGUUUGGUUGCGACAGACUUUGCGUCCUG